AUGAUGGUCAAGGGUCUUGCUAGCAGCUUGCUGCUUGCACCGCUCAUUGCUUCUGUCUCGGGCAAGAGCACACCUCUCUACAAGGAUGCCAACGCGCCGGUCGAGAAGCGAGUGAAGGAUUUGUUGGGCCGGAUGACGAUUGAGGAUAAGAUGGCUCAAUUGAUGCAAGGCGAUGUCACCAACUGGAUGAACUCGACAUCAGGCGCAUUCAAUUAUACUGGGCUUGUCACGAAUAUGGAAAUGAAAGCAGGUUCCUUCUAUGUUGGAUACCCGGUUGCCUGGGACUGGAUUGCCGACAACAUCAAGAGGGCUCAGGACUAUCUGCUUCAGAACACUACCCUUGGAAUUCCUGCUCUUGUUCAGACAGAGGGUAUUCACGGAUUCUUGGUCGGCAAUGCAACCAUCUUCAAUUCCCCAAUCGCAUACGGAUGCUCCUGGAACAAGGAUCUCGUUCAAAAAAUGGGACAGGUCAUUGGACAGGAAGCCCAAACUCUGGGUGUCAGUCAGCUGUUCGCGCCUGUUGUUGACUUGGCUCGUGAACUUCGCUAUGGACGUGUCGAGGAAACUUUCUCAGAAGACUCAUUCCUCGCUGGCGAGAUUGGUUAUAGCUACGUCAAGGGCCUGCAGAGCAAGAAUGUUUCAGCAAUGGUUAAGCACUUUGUGGGAUUCAGUAGCCCCGAACAAGGAUUGAAUACUGGCCCCGUUCACGGUGGCGAGAGAGAAUUGCGUACCACCUGGAUGCCGUCAUUCAAGCGCGCCAUCAUUGACGCCGGUGCUUGGUCCAUCAUGGCAGCCUAUCAUUCAUAUGACGGAGUUCCAGCGGUCUCAGACUACCAUACUCUUACUGAGAUCCUGCGAGAGGAAUGGGGCUAUGACUAUUUCGUGAUGACAGAUGCUGGCGGCAGUGACCGACUCUGCAAUUCUUUCAAGAUGUGCCAGAGCAACCCCAUCGAUAUGGCCUCUGUUACCACACAGCUCUUGACUGCCGGAGUUGACGUUGAGAUGGGAGGUGGUUCUUUCAACUUCCAAAAGAUCCCCGAGCUGGUCAAGUCGGGCAAGCUGGAUAUUGCCACUGUCAAUACCGCUGUGUCCAGACUGCUCCGCGUCAAGUUCGAGAUGGGUCUCUUUGAGAACCCAUAUCCUGCUGCGCCAGAAGACAAAUGGAGCAGCCUGAUUAACAACGCCGCAGCUAAGCAGGUUGCUAGAGACCUAGACAAGGAAUCCAUCGUGCUUUUGGAAAACCACAACGCGACUCUUCCUCUGAAGAAGUCUGGCAGCAUUGCUGUCAUUGGACCAAUGGCUCACGGAUUCAUGAACUACGGCGAUUAUGUUGUCUACCAAAGUCAAUAUCGGGGCGUCACUCCACUUGACGGUAUCAAGGCGGCAGUCGGAUCCAGCGCUCAAAUUAACUAUGCUCAAGGAUGUGAGCGAUGGAGCAACGACGAGUCAGGAUUCGCCGAGGCCGUUGAAGCAGCUAAGAAAUCUGACGUUGCCGUCGUCGUUGUUGGAACUUGGUCGAGGGAUCAAAAUCAGCUCUGGCAGGGCUUGAAUGCAACAACCGGUGAACAUGUCGACGAAGAUGACCUUUCCCUGGUCGGUGCCCAGGGCCCGCUCAUCAAGGCCAUCGCUGACACCGGCGUGCCGACCAUCGUUGUUCUCUCCAGCGGCAAGCCUAUCACUGACACAUGGAUCUCAAACUCGACCUCUGCUCUAGUCCAGCAAUUCUACCCAUCCGAAGAAGGUGGCAAUGCCCUUGCCGAUGUUCUGUUCGGUGACUACAACCCUUCGGGCAAGCUUUCCGUCAGUUUCCCCCGCUAUGUCGGCGACCUUCCGAUCUUCUACGACUACUUGAACUCGGGCCGCUCGAUUGGUGACUCGGGCCAUGUAGACAGCAACGGGACCCUCGUCUUCGGGCACCAAUACGUUCUCGGCAACCCACUUCCCUGGUAUCCGUUCGGCUACGGCAAGAGUUACUCCACUUUUGAGUAUGGGUCGGUCAGCGUCGACCGCACCACCGUCUCUGCGUCCGACGAGAGUGUUACCGUGAGUGUGGAUGUGACCAACACGGACAAGAGCCGGGAUGCCACGGAGGUUGUCCAAGUCUAUGUCUCCGAUGACAUUGCUUCUGUGGUUGUUCCUAACCGCGCACUGAAGGGCUUCGACAAGGUUGUCAUCCCCGCUGGCACGACCACGACUGUCAAGAUUCCUAUUCUGAUCAAGGACAUCGGUCUGUGGAACACUCGCAUGCAGUACGUUGUUGAGCCUGGCAAUUUCACUGUUCUCGUUGGCAGUAGCUCGGAGGAUAUCAGAGGAAACGCUACUUUCACUGUGCGGUAA